AAAAAUGUCCAACCAACGUUGUAUAUAAAUAAUUUUUGACAGUUGUGAUAUAAAUAUUGAAAACGGUUCUCCAACGGUGAUUUUGUGCAUCAAACCAAACGGGAGGAGCAGAGAGAAAGAGAUCUCAUCUCCAUUUCUCCAAGAAUAGCGGAAGAAAAUGGGUCUCUCUUUCACCAAGCUGUUCAGCCGGUUGUUUGCCAAGAAGGAGAUGCGUAUACUUAUGGUGGGUCUCGAUGCUGCUGGUAAGACCACCAUUCUCUACAAGCUCAAGCUCGGAGAAAUUGUCACCACCAUUCCCACCAUUGGGUUUAAUGUGGAAACUGUGGAAUAUAAGAACAUCAGCUUCACUGUCUGGGAUGUUGGAGGCCAAGACAAGAUUCGUCCUUUGUGGAGACAUUACUUCCAAAAUACACAAGGGCUUAUUUUUGUGGUUGAUAGCAAUGACCGAGAUCGUGCUGUUGAAGCUAGGGAUGAGCUGCACAGGAUGUUGAAUGAGGAUGAGUUGAGAGAUGCUGUGCUUCUAGUUUUCGCAAACAAGCAAGAUCUUCCAAAUGCUAUGAAUGCUGCUGAAAUAACCGACAAGCUUGGUCUCCAUUCACUUCGCCAGCGUCACUGGUAUAUUCAGAGCACAUGUGCCACCUCCGGUGAGGGACUUUAUGAAGGACUCGACUGGCUCUCAAACAACAUCGCAAACAAGGGAUAGUGUGAUUCUUGGUUUUGGGUUGCAUGAAGUUCAGUUGUGCUGUAGCGAUGAUCAUUUCGGAUGUUUGAUGUUGUUACCCUGUUUAGGAUUUUAUCUGCUCUAGCAUGUAAUGUCUUCGGAAAACAACAGAAGUCUACUACUACCUAGUUUCAAAAUAAUUUGCCAUUUUUUUCAUCUAUAACCAAAAGUAUUGUUUUAUCCAUUGAUUUGAGGUUAAUUAAAUCAUUGAAAGCUUUUUACAUUUA